AUGGUUUCUUUCAAUGAAGAAUCCACCUCGUUUUACAAACCGAAUCUCACCGGGGACACUGCCGAGGAGAAACUCCGAAAAUUCAUCAACGAUCGGCAGAAAUUGAAAAUUUCAUCCUACGAUGAACUUCACGAGCACUCUUGCGAGCAUUACGCCAAAUUUUGGCGAGAUUUCCUCGAGUUCUCCGAGAUUAUCUAUGAAGGAGAUGCAAAUCAGGCAGUUGACGAGUCAGCGAACAUUUCCGAGAUUCCAAAAUGGUUCCCCGGUGUCAAGCUGAACUACGCGGAGAAUCUUUUGAAAGAAAUUGGAGACAAUACAAAAAUCGCGAUCACCGCAUAUGAUGAAAAUUUGAUGACAACAGAUAAGACAAGGAAAGAAUUGAGAGAAGAUGUGGGCAGAUUGGCGAAUGCGUUGAGACAGAGUGGAGUCACGAAAGACGAUGUCGUUUGUGGCUUUAUGCCGAACAGUUAUGAGACGAUUGUGGCAGCGCUGGCGACGGCCGCUUUAGGAGCCGCCUGGUCGAGUGCCAGUCUUGACUUUGGACCCUCCGGAGUUUUAGAUCGAUUUAAGCAGGUGAAACCAAAAGUGAUGUUCACGGUGAACGCGACCACAUACAAGCAAAAACUCUUCGAUCUCCGGGAGAAAAUCGACGAAAUUGUUGGAGAAUUGCCAUCCGUGGAAAAAGUGAUCUUGAUCAACAACAAAACGAUUUCUCCAAUCAAAAUUGUUGAGUACAAAUGUCGGGAUCGGCUUAUUUUGUAUGAAGAUUUCGUCGGAAAUUCGGCAGAGACUGGGCUUACUUUUGAAAGGAUCCCAUUCGGUCAUCCACUCUUUGUCAUGUUCUCCUCGGGGACAACGGGUGUGCCAAAAGCAAUGGUUCACACCGUUGGAGGAACCUUGCUCAAACACAUCGAAGAACACCAAAUUCAAAAUGACGCCAAUGACGAGGAUUCGAUGUUUUUCUACACGACCUGCGGAUGGAUGAUGUGGAAUUGGACGAUCUCAUUGUUAGCACUCGGCGGGCGAUUGAUUCUUUAUGACGAGUCUCCGCUUGAACCCGAUCAUUAUGUGAUGCCAAAAAUUAUUGGCCACUCAAAAGCAACGAUUAUCGGAAUGGGAGCUCAGCUCUAUGAUCGCUUUGAGAAAAUCGAUCCAAAGAAAAAUUUAUGUAAACAAUUCGAUCUGCAAGCUGUUCGCCUUGUCCUCUCAACGGGAAGCCCGCUAAAAGAAGCGAUUUUCGAGUACAUCAAUGCUUGUCUAGCUCCCGGGGCUGUGAUUGGGUCAAUUUCUGGUGGAACUGAUAUCAUUGGAUGCUUCAUGGGGACAACAUUGUCGAAACGUGUGGUUCCCGGUCAGUGUACGGCUCCAUUCCUCGGCAUGGACGUCAAGGCUUUCAAUCUGAAAGGCGAAUCACUCCUCGAUGAACAGGGCGAACUCGUCUGUCUCAAACCAUUCCCAUCAAUGCCUUCACAUUUUUUGAAUGACAAAGAUAAAAGCAAAUACUUGAAAGCCUACUUUGAGCGAUUCCCUGGAGUUUGGGCUCAUGGAGAUUAUUGUAUAAUCGAUUCGCAAAGCGGUGGAAUUACGAUGUUGGGGAGAUCUGAUGCGACUUUGAAUCGCGGUGGUGUUCGAAUGGGAACUGCUGAGAUCUACAAUGUUGUCGAUACAUUCGUUGAGAUUGCUGAUUGCAUUGUGGUUGGGAGGCAAAUUCCAAACGAAAAAGACGAAGAGAUUCUGUUGUUCGUGAAAUUGUCUGAUGGAGCCGCUUUGGAUGAUCAUUUAAGGACAUCAAUUUGUAAAGCGAUUCGUGAACGACAAAGCCCUCGACACGUGCCAAACAAAAUCAUUCCAAUCACCGAUAUACCGUACACCAACUCCGGGAAAAAAGUCGAAAUCGCUGUGAAACAAAUUGUCAACGGUUUCCCCGUGGAAAAAGCUUCUUCUUUGAGAAAUCCCGAUUCUUUAGAUCUUUAUGCGCAAUUUAGAGUGAAAGGU